GAUGUGUUUCACGACGAUGCUAUAACUACAGCCUCGAAUUCCAUUCUAGGGGCAGGUUCGACUAUCAAAUCAUCAUUCAAUCAUGAUUCGAUUGCCAGGGACCCAUGCUGGCGGAGAUCCAUUGUCUCGGGUACGACCAAGCUCAGGAUCGACACGAUUAUCAUCUUGGGGCUAACGGCUAGAUCAUGAUGUCAUGAGAUUCCGAGACCCCGAGUUGAAAUAUUAACUUUGGGAGGUAAUUAAAGCUUCGGGGAAUGGUUCAUCAUUAUAGCUAUUGACUGACCCAUCUAGAUACGUUUUGGGGUCUUCCGUGAAGUGGUUACGUAGUAGACAUUAUCAUCAAUUUUUAUAUCCCAAAAUGAAUAUAUUGUUCUAAUUUACCGAAGGUAACUUUCUUCUCGUAUUGCUUUUGCAUUACUUUUGCGAUUGUGCUCCUGCAUCGAGACUAAACACACUGUUGUCUUCAAAAUGCCGGUACUUCCCUCUUUACAAGGUUCCACCUUUGAUAAUGACAUUCGCGAUCGUCAUUUGGUAUAUGACUAUGCAGCGCAGGAUGCGGAGGGAAAUCCAGAAAAAUGGCGCUAUGAAAUGUGGUUCUACAACGAGGACCGCAUAAAUUACGCCAUUCAUGGGGGCCCCAUGGCGGGGCGUGCGGCGUUUCAAUCAGCCACAUACCAAUGCAUCCGGCCCGGAGAGUUAUGGCAGUGUAACUGGCUCGAGGAAACUGGCACCAUCUGUUCAUUGGUUUUCGAUAUUUCGCGGAAGCAUAUCACGACCUUGAUAGCAUUUUCCAAGGGACACUGGGAGAAGAAUACGACCGCUCGCGGCGAUAAACGCAACCCAGAGGAGCUAGCACGGAUGAGAAAUUUAGCUCAAAUCGGUACCCAAGUCGAUAGGAUACUUUUGAGUGAACGGGCGGAGAUCUUGGAGGAUUUCCGUGGUCCAGGUAAUUUAAAACCAAUACAGAUGGACUGGCCGACUUUGUGAUAAAAAGACAUGGUAGCAUCGAGAGCUGCAAGAUUCGGCCCGGUCGGCUGUGGGCAAAUAGGGGUAAUCCGACCAAUGCGUGGCACAACUUUGUCCGAAAGUGAGGAGCAUUUCACUUUGUCCUAUUCGGUAUAUAACCAAACAAGUAAACCAGGCUCCGAGGACACAUUUCUUCAAGAGACCGAUUUUGCGUGCAACCCAACCCAACCCUCAUGCGACAAUGUUAGAUGUCCACAAACGAUAGCAGGUUUCUGAGAAUUGAUAGAAUCCUGGCAACGUAUAUUAGGACUGGGUCAUUUCAAGAUGCCCAGAAGUGGAACCGAGUAUUGGCUGUGUCCUUCAAUGCCAACGUUCGUAGACCAUGCUAGCGGCUAACGACAUUGUCAUUGUUCCUGGAAUGACGGCAGUCAUAUCGCAUUGAGCUUGAACACGAUGGCCCACACGGCCGGGGAAAUUCAGAGCCUGCUGCGGACGGGCAUAGAUCGUG